UCAAAUACUUAAAACAAGAUCAUCGAUGGGGUGAAAUCAUGGAUGCUUUAGUGUUAGGGGCUCUUAUAAGACAUCCAUAUGCGAAAUGUGUGGAGCUUAAGGGAAGGUCUGCCUAUAAGGGCUUACUCGGGGCACAAAGUCUGUAUACAGCUGAGCCGAACAACACCUUUUUAGCUCAAAGCGGAAGUUCAGAGGGACUUGAUAAAGUGGGGUUGAGGUUUGAGGUAAAUAAGCGUGGAGGAGAAUUUUCCACUUAAUAUCAUUAUUUGCCAUUCAAGCUGGUGGCACUGUGAAUUCAGGACACCGACUGAAGAUGCCCAGUGAGACCUUUGGUCUGUGUCCAGCGUUCUGCUCUCUGCCACCAUGAUGACCAAUCACUGUACGUUUUUGCCAAGCCAGUGUCUGUCGGCCCAACAUGAGCUGCACUCUGAGCACAUGUGUGUGUUCUCUGAUGAGCCGCCCCUCCCAGGUAAAACCAUGGAGGAAUGCAGCGUGUCAACCAGUGAGCAGCCUCAGUAUUACAGACCAGUGUCGACCAAGCUGGAUGGUCAGCUGAUGUCUCCAGGGUUGGACGCAUACACCAAACAGUGUGCCGUGCCAGAGAACCCCAUGUGCCGCAUCUGUCAUGACAGUGGAGCCCAGGAGGAGCUGCUGUCGCCCUGUGAAUGUUCCGGGACGUUGGCCACCAUCCACCGCAGCUGCCUGGAACACUGGCUGUCUGCCUCAGGAACCAGCUCCUGUGAGCUCUGCCACUACCAGUUCACCGUGCAGAGGAAGUCCAGGCCGCUGCUUGAGUGGCUGCAGAACCCAGGUCUUCGUCAGGAGAAGCGAACCCUGUUGGGUGACAUGGUGUGUUUCCUGCUCAUCACCCCUCUGGCCACCAUCUCCGGCUGGCUCUGCCUUCGUGGUGCCAUAGAUCACCUUCACUUCUCCAGCCGGCUGGAGGCUGUUGGACUCAUCGCUCUAACUGUUGCCCUCUUUACCAUUUACCUCUUCUGGACCCUGGUGUCUCUCAGGUAUCACUGUCGACUGUACAACGAGUGGCGAAGGUCCAAUCAAAGAGUAGUCGUCCUCCUUCCCCGCUCACACAGUGGAGCGUCAGCACUGCACUCCUUACAAGGUUCACAGCGAGGGAAGCAGCCGUCCAAAGAGUCGAUAGUCUGAGCGCAGAGCCAGCUGCCAGACGGGCUCUCAUCAGGGGACGGACUCCGUUCAUCUCCUGCUCUCUUUGCACUUUAUAGCACUGAUCCGAGAUGUUCUGCUAGUGCUGAUGUCACAGAUGUGUGAAUGGCAACAGGUAAGAAGCACUUAAUUGUCAACCUCAUUGAGGACAGAGUUAAAGGGAAGGACUGCCUCACCUUUAACACUGUGAGCUGAGGAAGCAGCAGUCUUGGCUCCUGAUCGGGGAUGGACUGCAGUGUUUUGGUCAAUCAAUACUGAAGCUAAACACUGUGAUGGUAACUUGCAGUAACAGCACCAUGCUCUUAAUGAAACGUCUCAGACAUUUUUACAUCAUGGUGAACACGUGGCUCUGGUACUGCCUCAAGAAACAUUUUCUUCUUGUCUCGUUUGCUGGUUGAGAUGAGAAGGUAAAUAUCAGUAUCCCAAAACAUCACACUGUUCCUUUAAGAAUGACAAACAACAAAGAAGCUGUGGACAUCUGUAUAUUUCAGCAGCAUAAACAAAGACCUGUUACAUUGAAGAACAUGUGACAUAAUGUUGGCCACUGGUAUUAAACUAAUAUAUGAGGGUGAUGUGCCUCAACUGAAGUGCAGCACAACCUCUCCUGCUACAUACAGCCUCUCCUGCUACAUACAGCCUCUCCUGCUACAUACAGACUCUCCUGCUACAUACAGUCUCUCCUGCUACAUACAGCCUCUCCUGCUACAUACAGACUCUCCUGCUACAUACAGCCUCUCCUGCUACAUACAGACUCUCCUGCUACAUACAGUCUCUCCUGCUACAUACAGCCUCUCCUGCUACAUACAGACUCUCCUGCUACAUACAGACUCUCCUGCUACAUACAGCCUCUCCUGCUACAUACAGCCUCUCCUGCUACAUACAGCCUCUCCUGCUACAUACAGACUCUCCUGCUACAUACAGACUCUCCUGCUACAUACAGCCUCUCCUGCUACAUACAGACUCUCCUGCUACAUACAGUCUCUCCUGCUACAUACAGACUCUCCUGCUACAUACAGACUCUCCUGCUACAUACAGACUCUCCUGCUACAUACAGUCUCUCCUGCUACAUACAGCCUCUCCUGCUACAUACAGACUCUCCUGCUACAUACAGACUCUCCUGCUACAUACAGUCUCUCCUGCUACAUACAGCCUCUCCUGCUACAUACAGCCUCUCCCGCUACAUACAGACUCUCCCGCUACAUACAGACUCUCCCGCUACAUACAGUCUCUCCCGCUACAUACAGACUCUCCCGCUACAUACAGACUCUCCCGCUACAUACAGUCUCUCCCGCUACAUACAGUCUCUCCCGCUACAUACAGUCUCUCCCGCUACAUACAGACUCUCCCGCUACAUACAGACUCUCCCGCUACAUACAGUCUCUCCCGCUACAUACAGACUCUCCCGCUACAUACAGACUCUCCCGCUACAUACAGUCUCUCCCGCUACAUACAGACUCUCCCGCUACAUACAGUCUCUCCCGCUACAUACAGACUCUCCACAUCAACAGCUACAGCACAUCUGAAUCAAGUCCAUGGUCAGUUUUGAUUGAUUGGGACACUUAAACCAAAGGUUAUUUUUGUUAUUUGAAACAUUUUGUUUGGUCUGUUUCGUGUGUGUGAUAAAAUAAAAUGCAAUGUUCAAAACAA